GCUGCUCGGUUGUUCGCGCUCGGUGCCUCGGUUGCUUGUCGUCCCACUUCCAGUUUGUGGUUCAGUUGUUUCCGGUUGUGGGUGUUAGGUAGUCCCUAGCAACUGCAACAGGUGUAUUCACGCGUGCUGAAGGCAAUCGGAAAAAUUUGAAAUAUCAAAAGAUCCGGCUCCUCACAAGAUGCACAAACUUAUUUAAGUUAAUUAGAAGUGAAACGGUUGAAAAAAAGGAUAUUUCUUGAGGAAAUGAGCCGCCAAUUAUGUACUUAGUAUUGGUCGGAGGAAACGACAGAGAACAAUGGAAAAAUACACAAUUCUGGCCCGGAAGAGGGCCCGGCGGCCAUCAAAGAGGAUUCUAAAGUGCCUGUCACUCGAGUUCCUGUACCGGCUGCUCCUCCACCAUCUGCUGCUAACCUCGUUGUGUGACCAUCAUUACGUAUACGCCACGAGUGCCGUCGGCGAGCCGAUAAGUGCAAGUGACUGUCACGACAUCCACCACGGAUUCGACGUCUUCCCCAAUCACACUGCGUUACCGCUGGGUCAAUCGACGGACACACCCCUGACCUCGACAUUGCCACCCUCCGGAUGGAAGUGUUGCUGUUGGAAAUCAAGUAAUCAAAACGAGGAGGUGGAGUGCCGAUGUGAGGGUGACGGACUUAACCGCGUACCACAAUCGCUUAAGCUGCCCAUCCAGCGACUAACCAUUGCGUCUGCGGGACUGCCUAGAGUACGGUUCACGGGACUGAAGGUCUACGGAUCCUCAUUGCUGGAUGUGGCUUUCAUUGACUGCCUGCAGCUGGAACUCAUACAGGAUGGCGCUUUCGCUAAUUUAGCGCUGCUGCGAACAAUCUAUAUCUCUAAUGCACCUAAGCUGACCUUUCUCUCAAAGGACGUAUUCUCUGGCAUUUCGGGCAGCGUGGAAAUUAUUCGCAUCAUAAACAGUGGACUUACCAGAGUACCGGAUCUGGGCCACCUUCCGCCGCAUAACAUUUUGCAAAUGAUAGAUCUCGAUAACAAUCAAAUCACUCGAAUAGAUACCAAAUCAAUAAACGUAAAGACUGCCCAAUUAAUUUUGGCAAACAAUGACAUAAGCUACGUCGAUGACUCGGCAUUCUUCGGCUCCAAGAUAGCCAAACUCUCUCUAAACGACAACCCAAAACUCAAAGAGUUGCAUCCCAAUGCCUUUAAUGGCAUUAUAGACAUUACUGCGCUCGAUCUUUCCAGCACUUCGCUAAUUGGAAUGCCAUCAGCCGGACUUCAGACCAUCGAAGCAUUGUACAUUCAAAACACACACACUCUGAAAACAAUUCCUUCAAUCUACAAUUUUCGGAACUUGCAGAGGGCUUACCUCACGCACUCCUUUCACUGUUGCGCCUUUCAGUUCCCAUCUCGGCACGAUCCUGAACGCCAUGCUCAGCGAAUGCUUGAGAUUGAAAAGUGGCGAAAGCAAUGCAAAAGUGACCAAGUGUCCCGAAAAGAGAGAUCCAUUGCGGAUAAUCUUAACAGUGUGCCGGAAGAGUUUGGAAGUUUUGGAAUGACCGAUCAAUCCUUAGAUUACAUGUCCGAUGACACAAUGAACAAGGGAACUUUUCACGAAAAGAUCACGCUUAAUCCAGAGGAUGACAUAGACGAACUUUGCGGAAAUUUUACAUUCAGAAAACCGAAUAUAGAAUGUUAUCCUAUGCCGAAUGAUCUUAACCCUUGCGAGGAUGUCAUGGGCUACCAAUGGCUUCGCAUUUCCGUAUGGAUUGUUGUUGCUCUAGCCGUGGUGGGCAAUGUGGCAGUGCUGACAGUAAUUCUAUCGAUUAGGCCCGAAUCAACGCCAGUGCCGCGAUUUCUCAUGUGUCAUCUGGCCUUUGCCGACCUUUGCCUGGGUGUCUAUCUGCUUUUGGUGGCCUCUAUCGAUGCCCAUUCUAUGGGAGCGUAUUUCAACUACGCUUACGACUGGCAGUAUGGGCUCGGCUGCAAAGUUGCCGGCUUUCUCACCGUAUUUGCAAGCCUUUUGUCGGUGUUCACGUUGACCGUGAUAACCAUCGAGCGCUGGCUUGCGAUUACGCAAGCCAUGUAUUUAACUCAUCGUAUCAAGUUGCGCCCUGCUUCGUUCAUUAUGCUGGGCGGCUGGAUAUACUCCAUACUCAUGUCCUCGCUGCCGCUGUUUGGUAUAAGCAAUUAUUCGUCGACAAGCAUCUGCCUUCCGAUGGAAAUUCGCGACGUAUUCGACACGGUGUAUCUGAUUGCCAUCCUGGCCUGCAACGGCGUGGCCUUCUCCAUCAUAGCCGUGUGCUAUGCCCAGAUAUAUCUAUCCCUUGGCCGCGAAACACGGCAGUCGCGUCAAAAUAAUCCUGGAGAGAUGAGUGUAGCCAAGAAGAUGGCGCUUCUGGUCUUUACAAACUUUGCCUGUUGGUCUCCCAUUGCAUUCUUUGGACUUACGGCGCUGGCUGGCUUCCCCCUGAUCAAUGUGACCAAGUCAAAAAUACUGCUAGUAUUCUUCUACCCAUUAAACUCGUGUGCGGAUCCGUACUUAUAUGCCUUACUGACCUCCCAAUAUCGCCAGGACCUGUUCACCUUGUUGUCGAAAUUGGGACUGUGUCGACAGAGCGCUUUAAAGUACAAGGACAGCUCCUCCGCUCAUGCCACAUCCCGAUUUACCAUCCACAAUUCUAUUCAUAGGCAUGGUUCGCUAACCAGCAAAAUGCAGACUGUAAUAAGCGCAGAGACACAGAAAAUGCUAAAGAACAGCGAGGAUUAUGUUUAAACUGAAGCAUGGGUAUUUUGAAUGCACUUCUUCCCCCUGUUGUGAUAUAUACAAGUACUAUUAAUUUACGCUCUCUCGAUGUUCCGCUGUCUGUUCCAGUAUUGUUAGCCUCCCACGAUUAAUGAUAUUUUAAUUAUUUAAGUUCGUUUUAUUUUUUCUUGUCAUACUUAAGUCAUUUAGUCUAAUCUACACAGUUGUACCUAAGAAAAAUAUUGCUAAUUGAAAAGAAAAGAUCUUCCCUCAGUGAAAGUAUAUAUGUCUAAAUGUCAAAUAAGUGGUUUCUACUUAAUACAUACAUGUAUACGACUUAAGAUAUGAAUGUUUUAAAUGUAUAGAUGUAAAAAUGUUCAAAAAGUAUUCUCGUUUUUCAACUAAAGUGAAAAUGCUUGAAUAAUUAUUAAAUCUCAUUAAAGUGCUGUAUAUUAAUGUUGAUAAAUAAUGAAAAAGUGA